AUGGUGAUUGGACUCUUGAUGCUCUCGUCUAUUCCGACAGUCACUGGCGUGGCUUUCGGAGUCAGCGAGCAGCGCAAGUCAAACCAGCGCAGGGAAGACGCGAGGCGAAUGGUCAAGUUCAACAUCGACGCCCAAUGCAACGGGGAUACAGAUGAUGAUCGCGAAAUUAAUGGGCGGAGAGUCGUUGUUCGAAAUGAAAAGGUCUAUCUAGACGAUCCGAAUCCUGCGAACCGAUCACAUCCUGCCUUUACAUCUCUGGCCUUCUAUAUCGAGUAUCCGGAGCUUGACGAGACGAAGCAUCUCGAUCGGGGUCUCGGGCUACCAACAUACGUGCAGGCCAAUCCGCCGCUACUGAACUGGAUCUAUGCGGACAAAGAUACGUAUGAAUUGAAGUACGGAAACAGGACACAGAGCGUGGAACAUCUUGUUGGGCCGUGGGACUGGACAGAAGAUGAGAAGACGAUUCUGUUAGAACAAAAGAGCACGUUCGUGGCGGUUGAGGAGGAGGAAGGCGAAUGGGCUCUAUACUUCGAUCGGGACGGUGAUGAAUUAGCGCGAGUUCUAGAGGAACAGGACAUGUUGGAUUGCGCCUUUGUCCCAGUGACACUUGUCAGACGGAUCGCUGAAGAGCCACCUGCUCCAAAGGCACAGAGUCAGGGCUGA